UUACUCAGGCAUUUGGGGAGCCGACUGAAUGACAUCACUGCAUCCACUGCGCUCGUCGUGAGCUGGUCUGGAUCCAGGGAAUGGGCUCUGGGAAUAGGAAUGGGAUGUGCCCUGAGGAGGACUCAGAUUGAUGGACUCGGAAACAACAUCCCUAUAGGAAGCAGUAUCACAGCCCCACGAAAGUAAUGAGGGUCUGCUAAUCAGCUCAGCAAUGUCUCCCAAAGGAGUUGGCCAAAGUAAGGUCGAGGAAACCACUGUACAGGUGGCCGUCCGGGUGCGUCCGCUGCUUCCCAAAGAGAUUUUGCACAACCAUGAGAGUUGCAUCACUGCAGACCCAGAGGAGAGGAGGGUCACCCUGGGCAAUGACCGCCACUUCCACUGUGACUUUGUGUUUGAGGAUAGCUCUACACAGGAGGAUGUGUAUACAGACUGCGUUCAACCUCUCAUCGAGGCUUUCUUUCAUGGAUUCAAUGCCACGGUUUUUGCCUAUGGGCAGACAGGCUCAGGCAAAACCUACACCAUUGGAGAAGCCAACAUUUCCGCUUUUAGGGAUGACGAACAGGGCAUCAUUCCCAGAGCCGUGGCCGAGAUCUUCAAACUGCUGGAUGAGAAUGACCUCGUUGACUUCUCUGUCCGAGUGUCAUACAUGGAGGUUUACAAAGAGGUCUUCAGAGACCUUUUGGAAGUUGAGACGGCCAGUAAAGACAUACAUAUUAGAGAGGAUGAAAAGGGCAACGUAGUGCUUUGUGGUGUGAAGGAAUGUGAAGUGGAGGGACUUGAUGAGGUGCUGAGUCUCUUAGAGUCAGGAAAGACGGCCCGUCACACAGGGGCCACCCAGAUGAACCCCCACUCCAGUCGCUCUCACACCAUCUUCACAGUGCUCAUGGAACAGAGGCGCGGAGGUUCUCGAGGAGCGCCCGGGACUGUGCAGAUCCUCUCUUCCAAAUUCCAUUUUGUGGACCUGGCUGGAUCAGAGCGAAUCCUCAAAACUGGCAACACUGGUGAACGUCUCAAGGAGAGCAUUCAGAUCAACAGUGGACUUCUUGCUCUCGGAAAUGUCAUUGGAGCGCUUGGGGACCCCAAAAGAAAAGGCACCCAUAUCCCAUACAGGGAUUCCAAAAUCACCAGGAUCUUAAAGGACUCUCUUGGAGGCAAUGCCAAAACCCUCAUGAUUGCCUGCAUAAGCCCUUCCUCCUCAGACUUUGAUGAGAGCCUAAACACACUCAACUACGCCAAGCGGGCUCGUAACAUCCAGAACCGGGCCACGGUCAACUGUCGCGGGGAACCUGACCGCGUUGAGGGCCUUGAACUCCAGAUCAAAGCGCUAAGACGAGCUCUUGAAAACCGCCAGCGCUCUGAAACCCGCAUCAUUGCUCGUUCCGACCCCGAGAAGAGACUUCGGCCCUUUGAACUGGAUGUGAGAAAGCUGCAAGCAGAGAGCGCCCACUACAGGACGUGCACGGACUCGGCCUACAGGCUUUUGACAGAGCUCCAGGGGGAAGGGACUCUGAAUGCAGGUCAGCUCCUGCGGGUAAAAGAGUGGCUUUGUGCCGUCGAGGAGGAACGUAGCGGCCUGACCUCAGCGUCGGGGCUGGACAGCGGCAUCGAGAGUAGCUCUACUGAGGACAGCGCUGUGAUAAAAAGGGGGCGGGCGGCACUGAACAUCCAGACGAUGCCACAGGAUCCUGACAAUGUCAAAGAGGAUUGGAGCAGAGACCGCGAGGACUACAUUUCCCAGCUGCAAGCCCAAAUACAGCAAUUAGAACAAGAAAACACAGACUUUCUAGCUGCCCUGGAAGAUGCCAUGGAGCAAUACAAACAACAGAAGAUGUUGAUCCAGGAACAUGCUCUACUCUGUGAAUUCACGUCCACCGAGGGGGUUUCUGAUACAACGGCUAAGGGAGUGAUGAGCGAUAAGCUACAAGAGCAGCAGGAUCUAAUAGCAGAGCUUCACAGUCUGUUAGCCCAGCCGGGUGGACUGGGACUGCUCCACCUGAAACAGAGACCUCACACUGCUCCUAUCAACUCACUGCCGCAGACAUCAGACAGCUCCGGCCGUCUCACUCCUCCCUGCGACAGUGAUGUGGGCAGGAGCCUCGCCAGACAGGUUGAAUUUGGUACAUCAGUGGACAGCAGCUCAUUUUCAGACCAGACCCAGUGGGACAGCGGACAUGGAAACGCUUACUAUGAAACUUCUGUAAAAGGAGUGAACCGAGAUGAAGAUGGACAUGUUCAAACCGUCAGCGAUAAACGCAAAUCCAUCAAUGUAACCUGGACAAAGAAAGAGGCUCAAUUGCUCCAAGGAUCUUCUACCAGGGCUCCCCUGCCUCAGGCGCUUGGACUUGGUCAUCCUCCGGGCGUACAAUGCACCAGACGCACAUCUAACAGCAGCAUCGGCGAGAGCUCGGUGUGGGAGAGCGUGAGAGGUUUUGGAGGUGAGUUCUGUUCAGAGAGAGGGCUUCUCCAGGCACAGCAGAAGAUCAGAGAGCUCUCCAUCACCAUCCGCAUGAAGGAGGAACUCAUUAAAGAGCUGGUCAAAACAGGUAAGGAUGCCCAGGCCAUGAACAGGCAGUACAGUCGUAAGAUCUCUGAGCUGGAAGCCGAGGCGGAGCAGGCCCGUGCGGAGCUCACAGAGGCACAAAAGCAGCUGCAGGACUUGGAGGUUCAGGGCAGCCGUGACGCCGCUGACCGCUCUAAAGCUCAGGAGUGCAGGAGGAAAAUUGCAGCUGCACAGAGCAAAGUUCAGGUGUUGAAGCAGAAGCAGCGGGACACUGCGCAGCUGGCCUCCCUGUCUGCGCAGAGCGAGCGGCGUGUGCAGGAACUCGAGAGGAACGUGCAGAACAUGAAGCAGCAGCAGGACCUUCUGCAGCGCCGCCUGCGAGAGGAGAGCCAGCAGAAGAGACGGCUGGAGAGUGAGAUGCAGAAAGGAAAGCACCGAGUCAAGGAGCUGGAGAUAAAGAACGAACAGCAGCAGAAAAUUCUGAGGAUUAAGACGGAGGAAAUCGCUGCCUUCCAGCGACAGAGGAGAAGUGGAAGUAACGGCUCAGUCGUAUCACUAGAGGAACAGCAGAAGAUAGAGGAGCAAAAACGCUGGCUUGAUGAGGAAAUGGAGAAGGUUCUAGAUCAACGGCGUGGUCUUGAUGACCUGGAAGGAGAGCUGACCAAGAGAGAGGAGAUCUUAGCCAAAAAAGAGGCCUUGCUCUUGGAACGCAGUGGCCUGGAAUCCAAAAAGCUUCGCUCAAGUCAGGCUCUCAGUAAAGACCUGAUGACCUUAUCGAACCGAAUCGAGUCUCUGGAACGGGAGCUCACUGAGAGGAAUGGUCUGCUGCGUAGUAGCAGCGCUCAGGACUCUCAGCAAAUCAGACAGGAGAUCUCCAACCUCCGGCAGGAGAAGGAGCAGCUCCUCAAACAGAGGGUGGAGCUGGAUGACAAACUGAGACAGGGCAACCUGCUCUCUCCUGAGGAAGAACGAACACUGUUCCAGUUGGAUGAGGCCAUUGAGGCUCUGGAUGCUGCUAUUGAGUACAAAAAUGAGGCGAUCACCCAGAGGCAGAGGCAGCUGCGGGCGUCAGGGAGCAUGCUAACCCAGUGGGAGAUGAACCUGAUGGCCAAACUCACCUACCUGUCCGCCUCUGAAACUAGAGCUCUGCUUUGUAAAUACUUCGAUAAGGUUGUGUCUCUUCGUGAGGAAGAGCGGAGGCUGCAGCUGGCUCUAGCUGAGCUGGAGCUGAGAGUCGAGGAGCAGCAGAACUUGGUAGGGUGGUUGGAAGCAGCUCUGGAAAGACAGCAGCUUGAGGCGGAUCGCAGACUCACCCAGCAGCAGAAAGAACACGAGAGAAACAUCCAGCUGCUGCUGCAGCAGUGCCGAGAGCAAAUGGAUGAGGGUCUGGCUGGUAGACAGCGGCAGUAUGAGGGCUUGAUCCACAACCUCAGCAAAGAGCUGAACUUCUGCAAAAUAGCAAAUCAGGAGCUGAACAUCAAACUGAGGGAAAUGUGUGGCCCUGUAAAUCACGCUGGAGAACAAAGCAAAGGUCCAAAUUGUGAUAGUCGGCUUUCAGGUGGGGUCCAGGGCAGAGUUACUGAAGAUCCCAAGUCUUCCCUCGAGGCAGAGCGAGUCCAGAAGUCAAGAGAAGAGAUGCGAGAGCUGGUGAAUGCCCCUCUUCCGCCGACAUGGAGGCGCUCUUCACUCCCCACGGAGGACCAGUACAGCAUGGAGGAGCUCAGGCAGAGAGCAGCUUGUGAACUGCCAAAUAACAGAGUAAUUCAGCCUGGGAUGAACGCCACACACUGGAGUGGGACAGCCUCCCUGUCCCUCACAAGACCACGAAGAGAGUUACGGAGAUCGAGCCUCAACACAGGACCACUUUAUUCCAAUUCAGCAAUAAUUGAUGUUCGGAAAAAUCCAGUGUAGUAAAGAGCUUUGUACAGUUAAUAUCUUCAGUAUUGUUCCAGUAAUCCACGAUUUUCAGAAUACUGCAUCUCAGAUUUUUGUUGCAAAACAAUUCUGAUUGAUUGUUUACUUGUACUUUGUUGGUUAUCACUCAUCUUUGAAAUGUACUUUUGAUGCAUUCAGUCACAUUUCAAGCACUUUUUAUGGAACUGUUGGAGGUUUCUGACACUCCCAGACAAAUUUUUAGUGCAUGUAGAAGGCUUUUUCUUUCAUAAAUAAUUAAAAAUAAAAACUGUUUCCUUGACAGAAAAAAAAAAAAUAUUUAA